GUCCAUUUCGCGCACCGGGGCGGGGGGGCGACCUUAGGAGGUAGGGGAGGCGUAGGCUUUAGGGAUCCCAGAGUGGUGGCCCCAUGGCCCCGCUGGGAGGCGCCCCUCGGCUGGUGCUGCUGUUCAGCGGGAAGAGGAAAUCCGGGAAGGACUUCGUGACCGAGGCUCUGCAGAGCAGGCUUGGCGCUGGCGUCUGUGCUGUCCUCCGGCUCUCGGCGCCGCUCAAGGAGCAGUACGCUCAGGAGCAUGACCUGGACUUCCGGAGACUCCUGGAUGCCAGCACUUACAAGGAGGCCUAUCGGAGGGACAUGAUCCGCUGGGGGGAGGAGAAGCGCCAGGCUGACCCGGGCUUCUUCUGCAGGAAGGUUGUGGAGGGCGUCGCCCAGCCCAUCUGGCUGGUGAGUGACACACGGAGGGUGUCCGACAUCCAGUGGUUUCGGGAGGCCUAUGGGUCCGUGACGCAGACGGUCCGCGUGGUAGCCUCGGAGCAGAGCCGACAGCAGCGGGGCUGGGUGUUCACACCAGGGAUAGAUGAUGCUGAGUCCGAAUGUGGCCUGGAUGACUUUGGGGACUUUGACUGGGUCCUGGAGAACCACGGAGAUGAACAGCGCCUGGAGGAGCAGUUGGAGAAUCUGUUGGAGUUUGUCCGCUCCAGACUUUAGGGCUCAGCACUGCGGCGGGAUAGGGGUUGGGGGAGGAAGGUCCCUGAUCUUGGCUCGGGAAGGGGGUUGCAGACAGAGGGCCUGGGUCUGGAUUUCUGCGGGUGUUGGUGGAUGUUGGGUACAUCGGAGGGCCAAGGGGGACCCUGUUUUCUCCAUGGAGAGAGUGUUUCAGCCUCUGGCAUGAGUCUGGCAGCACCAGAGGGUGAACCAGCUGUGGGUGAAGCAGAAAUGUCGCCAUCCCUGGGGCCAGGCGUGUCGGCACGUGGUGGCCUCAUUUCUCUGUGUGGUGCUCUAGCUGCAGGGCUCCCCAGUGUGAGUGCCAGUAAACCGCCUUGCAGCACACGCUCAGAGCGGGGUGGCGCUCAUUUCCCUCACACGCUGCGGGCAGUAGGUCUGUCAGUGGCGAAGGUGGGAUGGGAGUCUGAGGGUCCUGGCUUUUUUGGGCUGGCCUCAGAGAGGCUCUGUAUUCCCCAGCAAGUGCACCUUUGAUUUGUGAGGCCUUUGCAAUUCCUGAAUUUCUUCUAGAUUCUUCUCUGCCGCCUUGUGAAACAGGCAAGGAGAGUCAUUACCCAUCCGUGUUUGGCAGAUGCCAAGAACUUGGCUUGCCCGGGGCCAGAGGGUUGAUAAGCAUCGGUGCUCAGUGUGAAGCAGAGCAGAAGCUGCCUGACGCCUGGCCAUGGCCCCCCCUGCCAUGUCCCUGGGCGUGUGGUGCGAAGGCCCUGGCCGCUUGGCAUCUUCAGGCCGAGCCUCCAUGCCCCCUCUGCUGCCUGGCCUCAUUCUCCCCCCACAGCUUGUGUUAGUUCUGCUGGAUCAGGGGCCAUCCAAGGACAUGAUGAUCUCUGUGUGACCCAAACUGAACGUGGCCCAACUCUUCAUCCGCUGCUGCUGCCGCCUCCCUUGCUGGGUGCCAGGCCCUGGGACACAAAGGUGAACUGGACACAGGCUCUUCCUCAAAAGAGCUUUCAGCCUGCAGGAGGGACUCAGGUGUACCUGAAACCAUGCCUGGGAACUGAAGUCAGAGCCAGAGAGAACAACCGUGGAGCCCCAGGGCCAGAGCUGGGACUUCAUGAGCCGAGGCCUGACACGUCCAGGUGAACACGGACCCCUCGUCUCGGGCGCUGCCACCGCUGCUUGGACAUUGUGCUCUGGAGCCCAGAGCAUAUGCUGGAGAGCAGUCCUAGCCAUGGAAGUGACCGCAAGUCCCUAGGGCUAGUCUGGUGAAUGUGCAGGAAAAUGGGUCCCAAAACCAGGAAGAGUAUGAAGCAGGCGGGAAGCGUGGGGUAGGACUCUGCAACUGAGAGGAGCCCUAGAGCCCAAGCCUUGUUGUUGACAAGGGCCCCUGGGCGGCUAGUGCAGAGAACCCCGCAGGGUGCCCCCAACAAAGAGACAUGCAGGUACUCCAAAAAGUUAGUGGAAAAUGGAAUUAAAAGAUAAGUUUAUAUAGCACUUAAGGUGCAGUGAAGGUGCCGCUUGGGAUGCCUGUGUCUUAUAUUGCAGUGCCUGUGUUCUAGUCCUGGUUCUGCUCCUGAUUCUAGCUGGCAUCCUGCUAAUGUGCUCCCUGGGAGGCAGUAGCCAAAGACUCAAAUAAUUGGGUUCCUGCCACCCAUGUCAGAGACCUGGAUUGAGUUCUGGACUCCUGGCUUUGGUCUGGCCCAGGCCUGGCUGUUGCAGGCAUUUGGGGUUUGAACUGGUGAAUGGAAACUCUGUCUCUCUGCUUUUCAAAUAAAUAAAAUAAAUUCAACAUUUUAAGAGAUUAAGUUGUUUUGGGACCAAAACCCUAGAAGUCACGCUUAGGUUUUCCAUAAUACACAUUUUCCUUAAACUUUUUGGAGCCCUCUGGUAUGUAGAAAAUGUUUUGCACCAGAGGCUGGUGCUGUGGUAUAGUGGGUAGAACUGCCACCUGUGGUGCCUGUAUCUUAUAUGGGCUCUGGUUCCAGUCCCCUCUGCUCUGCUUCCCAUCCAGCUCCCUGCUAAUGCUCCUGGGAAAGCAAGAACAGAGGGCUCAAUUGCAGGGGCCCCUGCACCCACAUGGGAGACCAGGAAGAAGCUCUUGGGGCCUAGCUUCAGAUUAGCCCAGCUCUGGCCAUUGUGGCCAUUUGGGGAGUGAACCAGUGGAUGGAAAAUCUCUCUCUCUCUCUCUCUCUCUCUCUCUGUAACUGCUUUUCAAAUAAAUCUUGAAAAAUAUUUUGCACCAAAAUAAAUUUAUUUUUAAAUUUUGUUUUCCAUGAACUUUUCAAAGUCCCAUCAUAUUGAGCAAAUUUAAAAAAAAAAAAGAUUUAUUUUCUUUAUUUGAAAGGCAGUUGUAAAGAGAGGGGGAGAAACAGAGAGAUCAUCCAUCUGCUGGUUUACUGCUCAAAUGUCUGCAACAGCUGGGGCUGGGCCAGGCUGAAGCAAGGAGCCAGGAACUCCAUUCGGGUCUCCCAAGUGGGUGGUAGGGACCAUUUUCUGCUGCUUCCCAGGCACAUUAGCAGGAAGCUGGAUUGGAAGUGGAGCAGCUUAACCUGCUAUGCCACAACGUCAGACCCCCAAAUCCAGCAAAUUAAAUCAGACAACAACAAAGUCAAGGGCUUAGUCUCAAAUCGCAGCUGCCUGCGGGCGCCACUAAUCUGUGAUCCUCCUGACUAUGGUUACAAGUUGUCCCCAUUUCAAAGAAGAGCCGACAGACUGCGGGGUCUUGUGAUACAGUUCUGCUCAGCUGGGACCACAAAUUCUGCACUGUGUGAGCUGCCGUUUGAGUUCAGGUUUGUCUUGCAGCCAAGCCCACAGACUUGAGCCCGCCUCCACUCCCCCAACACCUCCUGCAUCGCCACUUCAAAGGAGCCCCUUAUUUGGGCAGAAAUACUCUGGUAUUUGUCUUUAGGAAGAACAGUUCCCGUAACUAAGGUGUGUGAGCAGAGCCGAAAGUGAGCCGCUUGUGGCCAGCCGUGCAGGAAGCCGUGGUCGCGCGGCCUGCCAGGAGCGCCCCCGACAGCUGGCAGGGGACGUUUAUGUGUAAUUCCGAGACUAGGCAGCAGGGGGCGUCUGUUGUGGAUUCAAGGGCGGGGGGCACUUGAAGGAGGGUGGGGGAGAGGCAGGGUCGCCUCCCCUACGGAGAAGGUGGUGAUGAGGACAUCAUGAGAACACAGGAAGCGGUGUGAGGCCAGGUACAGCGUGGGAGAGCGCGAGAACCCUACGGGGUCGGAGGGCAGUUCACGUGAUGGGGCGGCCAGGGAGGCAGAGCAGACCCAGGAUGGGGGGCCGCGAUGUCUGGCCGAGGAGGCUGAGAGAGGCCCGUUGAUGGCUCUAAGAGCGGGGGGAGCACAGGGGUCCCUGCAGCAGCUUCUGUAGGGUUCCAGGCAGGCGGCGGUGAAGGCUGAAGAACAGCUGGGGUUGCUGGCGGUGGUGUUCAAUCCUGUUUCGCCUCAGCGCCCCUGAGCCGGGGAGGCGGGAGUUUUCUGGGCAGCGAGGCCGGCCCGACCCUGGGAGCCGAGCGGUGCGCCGCGCCGCGGGACCCAGCCAGGCCUCUGCGCGCGGGCCCUGGCUCCGGAGCUUCUGCUUUGUGGGCACCCCCCGCGGUCAGCACCGCGUGGCUCUCGGAGCUGGGGGCGCCGUCCAGUGAGUGUCCCAGAGGACUGCACAGGGGCCGCGUCUACAGAAGCGGGGCACCGACAGGCCGCGUGCGUGAGGGAAAGCCAUGGAGCUUCCCGCGCUGCCUUCCCAGGGGUAGAGCCCGAGCUCCUGGCCCGUGUGAGCUUGGGGGUCUCGUGGCCUCGGGGCUGGACUUGCCACCCUGGCGCUGGGCGCUGGGAGGAACCGCGGGAUCCUGACUUGGGAAGCCAGAGGUGCAUCCCCCACCUCGUGGUGGGUUGGCGUCGAUGCCUCUUGAGAUGGGAAGCCUCCUGGCUGAGCAGAGUCGCUUCAGUUGCGCUUGAAAGUUCCUCCAUAGUUUUUUGUUAACCGGCACUUCUCUAAAUAUCGGGAAGCCACCGCGUGCAAAGCUGGCAUCUCAUAUAGGCGGGGUUCCUGCCCAGCUGCUCCAUUUCUAAUCCAGCUUCCUGCUAUGGCCUGGGAAAACAGCGGAAGAUGGCCCAAAUCCUUGAGCCCCUGCACACCCGGGAGACCUGGAUGGAGUUCCUAGCUCCUGGCUUUGGCGCGACCCAGCCCCAGCCAUAUGGACAUUUGGGGAGUCAACCAGUGGAUGAAAGACCUCUCUCUGUGUGUCUCCCCUCUCUCCCGCUCUCAUUCUGCCUUUCAACUAAAUGAAUAAAAGUAAAAAAAAAAAAAAAAAAAGCAAAA